CUGCCCCAAAGACCUUGCAGCUUAAACGGCAGAGAAACAGGUGAAGUAGCUUGCUCAAGCCACUCCAGCCGGCUGUGAUGCGAGGAGGCAUUGAACCUGGAACUUUGGUGUUGCAGCCCCCUGCCUGGACCACGAUACCUGCCUUCCUCCCAGGGGGGUCUUUGUCAGCUGGAUACAGAACUGCUGUCCCCACACCCUAACUAAUGAGCCAGCUCUACUGUUGCUCAGCAAUGAGCUCUGUGCCUUUUGUGAAGAUUUGCGACUACAUCACAGAGGUUUCUGCCUCUCUUCUUGCUGCAUCAGCUUGAAAGGUUACCUCCGGUCACAGAAGAAGCCUGACACUCAAUAGCUCCUGUUUCCACUGUAAACUUGAUCACUGCAGGGCAUUUUGAAAGAACCCUUCAUUGGUGAUGGGAAGUGGCCACUCUCAUUCUUGCUGUCUAUCUCUGAAGAAGACUGCAGUGAAAGGACUUUGCCUUCUUCCAUAGUCCACACUGACUUUGUAGCAGAUGCCAUCACUAUUUGAGAGACUGAAGUGAGGUGAUCAUCAGGGGAGCAAUAUGGUUGUACUAUCCAUAGGUUUACACGUUCUUUGUACACUGUGGCCUGCUGUAGGGACUUAAGGUUUGCUGGUAGGUGGAAUGGGACAGUCAUGAAUGGUGAUGCCCUUUGCCAAGAAUCUUCCUCCCAGCUUCCUGACUGGAGGGAAUUCUGUGAGCUCCAUGCCCAGGCGGCUGCAGUGGACUUUGCUCAGAAGUUCUGCCAGUUCCUGAAGGAGAAUCCCCACUACGACACCCCCGGGGCCGAGACCUCCUUUUCCCACCACUUUGCUGCCAAUUUCUUGGACAUCUUCAGCUUGGAGGUCAGCAGGGUGUUUGUGUCCGACUCCCCGACCAAAUACAACAUCGUGCCCUUUGUGGGGCUGCAGAACUGCCACAUGCCUUAUGGGAGAGACAUCAUACAGAGGAAAGAGGAGACCUCCACAGAAUCCUUGGACAGCAUGGACAACCCAGUCAGCUCCAGCAGGUAUCUGAGCCAGUCACAGCAGGCUCAGGCACACAAAGUUUCUUCCUAUGGCCACUCUCGCAGCUCAGAGGACGUGUCUGUACAUGCUACCUCCAAGCCAAAGUUCAAGAAAGGCUUCUCCUUGAGGAACAUGAGCUUGUGUGUGGUGGAUGGUAUGAAGGAGAUGUGGCACAGGAAAUCUUCUCCAGAGCCAGGCAUAGAGGCUACACAGAGCAGCAGGAGGUCAGACAAAGAGCACUGCCCUUCUGGGAACAAGGAGCAUAACGACACCAGGGAGAGAUGGACGCACAAGCUGCGGCUGUCGAAAGUGCAAUCUUCCAAGGUGGAAUUGGUGGACAUUCAGAGGGAGGGCACCCUCCGCUACAUGGUUGCAGAUGACACGAACUGCGUGGGUAGCUCUCAGUGGCAGAAGUGUCGGCUGAUGUUAAGGAAAGCGGUGAAGAUGGAGGGGGAGAGGUUCUUGCUGGAGUUCUACGUACCGCCAAAGGCUUCGAAGCCGAAGGUCAGCAUCCCGCUUUCAGCCAUCAUCGAAGUCCGGACGACAAUGCCUCUAGAAAUGCCAGACAAAGACAACACUUUUGUCCUGAAGGUGGAAAAUGGUGCUGAAUAUAUCUUGGAAACCAUUGACUCCCUCCAGAAACACUCCUGGGUCGCAGAUAUACAGGACUGCAUUGAUCCUGGGGACAGCGGAGAUGAUAUUGAACUUGCCUCCUGUGCCCAGGGAGCCUGUCUGCCAGGCAGGAUGUCCUCCUGCAGCUGUGAAUUUCUGUCUGAUGACAUGCACAGGCCUCCAGACAGAUGUACCAUGCCUCCCCUCCACAAUGCUGCCCCACCUGCUGCCACAGCCACCAUCAUCUCAGGACCACACAGCAGGGUCAGGGACUCCUCAGGGGAGCAUCUGACUCACGUUCCACUGGAGAACUUCCUGCAGACUCUGGAGUCGCCAGCCACCAGCAGUCAUCUAGCAGGUGAUGAAAGUGAGACAGAAGUGGAAAUCAACCUCUCUGAUUUCCCCUGGUUCCAUGGGACACUGUCACGGAUUAAAGCUGCCCAGCUGGUGCUCUUCGGGGGUGCCAGGAGCCACGGUCUGUUUGUCAUUCGGCAGAGUGAGACUCGCCCGGGCGAGUACGUGCUGACCUUUAACUUCCAGGGAAAAGCAAAGCAUCUACGGCUCUCCCUGAAUGAGAACGGCCAAUGCCACGUCCAGCACCUCUGGUUCCAGACCAUUUUCGACAUGCUGCGGCACUUCCACACUCACCCCAUCCCCUUGGAGUCCGGCGGUUCCGCUGACAUUACUCUCCGCAGCUACGUGGUGGCACAGAGCCCCCUGCCUGAGACUGGCCCCUCCCAGGCCAUUGCUUCUCAGCAGCCCAGCUGCAGGCAUGACCUCCCAUCCCAACACUACUUCUCCAGCUUUGUGCCAGGCGCCUUCCAGCCUGCAUCCCCCUCAGAGGGUGCUAUUGCCUCUUCCUCCUCCUCUUCCUCCAGCCACCCAUCGUACCACCGGAUGGAGGGGACCUUGAACACCCGGAGCCGCAGCAACAGUGUCGAGCGCCUGCUGGAGUCGCCCAGCGUGAGCACAGAGGACUAUCAUGAGAGCGAUGGCUCGCGCAACAGGACCAGGGCGGUUGAGAAUCAAUAUUCUUUCUAUUGAACACUUGUGGACUGGAGUCAAAGCCUCUGUUUGCGGUUUUUUCCCAUGGAGCCACUGCUUGUGGGAAUGCUCAUGCUGUUAGCAAUGAGCUGGCCUCCUUGGCUCUCUCUCCAAUGUCUCCCCCACAGUGGAUGUUUACAUAUCGUCAAGGCCCAAAGCCUUGGGCCAGCCCCAUUCUGGACCUCCUCUCUGGUGUUCCCCUUGCCUUAGAGUCUGACUUGCCUCAACUGGGACCGUCAGAGUCUCCAGCUCCUUCCGCCACCAGCAACAGACAGAGGCCAUUCUCUCCUUUCUUGUGUGCGCUGAGAUAUGGGUGACAUGCAACCGCCAGCAACUGUGGAAGCUCACUGCUGCUGAAUCUCACCGUGUCGGAGACCCCUACCAAACACCUGCACUGCUUCAUUGUGCUUGAAACCUGGAUGGCUGAAGAUAUCAGUGCCAUUAUGGAGCCUGUUUUAGGGCCAUCAUUGCCCUCCAAGAGCUCUUGACUGCUUGUGCUGUAUGCCCCUUUCUUCCUGGCCAGGGUGGCUCCUCCACCAAUCCGACUGAGACAUUCCCCUUUCCAUUUGAGUCUAGUAACUGCAAUGAUUCUCCUGGAAUAGGACUUUAUGGCUUUGAUUUAUACUGCUCUUGCUUUGUGCUCUCUAUGGCUGAUGCGCCUACAUGGGUCUCCAUGAUAGAUAGAGACAUGUUCCCACUGCAGCCUAGGUCACCUCAAACCAUUACUUCUCUUCGGGGAUGGUUACCUUGAAUUCUGCAAACAAACCACUGCAGGGCAGUAAUGGCUUAAAGUGGCCUUGUGAGUGACACCUCUCUCUGAGCCAACUAGCAGAGAACACCCACCCACACACUCCUCAGAGCCAUGAUGGAAAGGCCCUGCCAGACUAGCUAGCCCCAGUCUGUUGCUAUGGCAGGAGUGUCCACUGCAGAGAACUUAACUGAAGAACUGACCCAUUCCUUUUCCUCCUUAGUUUUAAGUCUCCAGUCACUUGCAAGGCAUGAUACUGUCAUCCUGCCCUUGCCAUCUCUUAGGGCAGUCAUCUUGAGGGCACCACUGAGAAGCACAGCCCUGCUCACCCACCCCUGGUUGGCACAUGCCAAACCGGGGAAUGGGACAGUGAGGCUAUCUCACAGGAUGGAGAUGGAGAGCUCAAGAAUGAUAGUGGGGGCAUUCCCAGAGCAGCUUACUUGCCUCAUUCCUGGGUUCAGUGCACAUAGAGUAGGUGGCAGGGCUGCGCUUCUCUACAGCAUUCUCUAGAGCACCAUGGAAACAGUAUGGAUGUGUAUCCUUCACUGGCUUAAAUCCAUGUGGCCUGUUGAUACAGAAUUUUCCCUCGGUCCCUUUCAGGCUACUGAUGAUGAUUUUUUUGCUGCUCUUUUGUGGACUCCCUCCAAGCUGGCCAUCAGUUUCCUGGUAACACCAGUGUGAGUGCCAGUGUGCAUGUGUCUCAUUGAUGUUUGUACACCCAUAUGGAAGUCCCUGGCUGCAUCCCAAUCCUAGCUCUUGGCUCUCCAUUCUACUCUCCUUGCUAGCAGGAGCCCACUCUAAGUGCACUGUCUGAGUGAGGUGGCUGCUUUUAAAUACCCCAGCUUUUAAGGACAAAUCUCUUUGUGGGGGUUUUGUUUGUUUGGUUUUUAAAUCUCCUUAGCCCCCAAGUGGCAAGUGUAGCUACUAAUUUUGGGUACUUAAUUUAUUAUAUCACCUACUGGCAACACCCCUGGAGCCUCAUUUUUGGAGGUAUGAAAAUGAAGGCAUCCAAAGCCAGUGCUUGCUUUUAAAAAUGCUGUCCAUGACACCUAAUUGCCUGAGGAGAGAGAACCAGAGAGAGGAGAGGCCUGUUCCCUGCUGCAUCUAAAGACAGACCAACUGAGGGGCACAAUGAAUAUGGGUUGUUCACACUGGAAGUUGAGUAACAUUCCUCCCUGAGUGUCUGUCCAAGGCAGCAUAUAAGACCUGUCUGGGCCACAUAUAUUUUGUACUGCUAUAACUACAGGAAACCCUCACUAUUCGUGGGUUCGGCAUUCAGGGUUUCAAAUAUUUGCGAAUGCUUAACCCACUUCUUAAAUACACUUAAGGGAGCUCCUUGGAAGCUGUGUGCCUGCUGCUGCCAGGCUCCCAUCGCUGCUGCGCUCCCACCGUUGCCAGAGCAGCCAUGCCCCUGCUCCCCCAGCUGCUGGGGGUACCGAGUUCAUGAACGCAGAUGGCGUUCAUGAACUCAGUGCCUUAUUUGUGGAUUUCACCAUUCGUGGGGGAUAUGAGAACAUAUCCCCUGCGGAUGGCGAGGGUCACCUAUAUAUGGGAAAGGGGGGUAAUUUUGUAGUUCAAUUGGAGUAGCUGGACAAGAACAACCCCUAGUGUAGUUCAGUAAAAUGUGGCUUUUACUGGUAGAAUGAUUCCUAUUUGGGAAGGGCAAUAAGCCAAAUCGGUAUAAGGCCUCUUUAUACCAGCAGCCCUGCAUCCACACCCUAAGGCCAGACCCUUCUGCCAUCAUAGCUCUGUCAGUCAGGUGUGCAAAAAGGAGUGAUUCUUGACUGACACAGCAGAAGCCCCAAGUGUCACUGUAGUUAUGCUAGCGAAACAACACUUAUAGCAGUAUAGUUUGUUCUGUGUAUGUGUGCGAGGGGUAGUUGUACUGUAUCUGUGUAGAGUACAACUCUGUUGGGAUGAGCUGUGUCCAUAUGAGGAGCACUUGGUGCAUGAAUAUUCUGCACUGGUAAAUCCCCUCUUUGGCUUUAGUUAUGUAACAGUCAUUGCUGUGAUCACCUGAGUCUUUCCCCAGCUUCUUGGGUGGGUUCUGCAGCCAGCAGCAAGCCCUGUGCUACAAUAGUGCUGCUGCUGGUAGUACCCAAGCUGACUAAUGGAAAGCUAGCACAGCUUGGCCUACAUGAGUAGCAACCACAAUAGACUGCAGCAUAGACAUAGUAUGAGGUUUAUGCCUCAACAAAACCAGAGCUCCACAUCAAGGCCCUCAAGUAAAGGCUUGCUUGCUUUCUUUGCUUUCUUUUUUUUUGGUGUGUGUGCCUUCUUUCAUGAGCCAAGAGCAUGUCCCCUCAUCUUUUCCCUUAGUUCCACCUCUCCCACCUUUGUAAAGGCCAAGGAGGUGGCUUCUGAGCCAGCUGCCUGCCUUCUGAGCCACAAGGGUUGUGCUUCUGAAGCAUGGCAGGUUGGCAUGCCAUGCAGACACCCCUGCCCCAGAACACCCAAGUGUUGCCUGUCCACUGGUGCCUGCAGCUGCUCCUGCUGUCAGAAUUCAGAGGGGACACUGGAGGUGGUUUUUUAUUUGAUUUGGGUUUUUGUUUUUAAUUGUGCAUCACAACUGCCCAGCCUGGGAAUGAGCGAUUUAUAUGAAGAAGUGUGUGCAAUAUCCAGAAGCGUGGUACUGUGUGCUACAAGGAGAGGCAGUUUCCUCAGUGAGUGAAUCUGAUAGAGAUCUGCUCUGUAUACACACAAGGAACCGAUUAGGAGUAUCCAGAUAUCGCACAGCCGCUCCCAUAUUGAUCUUGGAAGAGGCUCAGCAGCUCCUGGGAUAGAGGGGAAGUGUUGCUUUGAAGACUUCCCUGUGUUGGCUGCUUUAUUUGCCCCUUUCAGGUCAGCAGGGACAGAGAACGGGGAUAUGAAUGAUCAACAAGCAAAACUGUUAAUUUGUAAAUAUGGAAAGAUCUGGAGAAGUCUAAUGUUCUGUAGAAUAAAUUAAUUUUAUUUAAGAAAAAAACCCUGCUUGUAAAACAAAUGGGGAAACUGUUCCAGUUUUGAAAUAAAAGCACUUGAAACAGGACAUGUUGAAAAUGCUACAGGGCUUUCCUGGGCUUGUUAUAAAAACAGAGGUUGUUGCCAUGUCAUGUGUGUGGAGGUGGUAGUUUGUGGUAUAUAGAACAGCAGCACCAAGUAGUGUUAGCCAGGAUGUGCUAGGUGCUGUUCAAGCUUUGGGUGAGAGUCUGUCCUUGCCCCCAAAGAGCUGCCUGCUUAAAUAACAAAGGGUGGGAGGAAAGAAGUAUCCUUAUGCCUGUUUUGUGGGUGGGAACUGAGGCAAAG